AUGCUGCUGCCGCUCUGCUUCACUGUUUUCUGCCUCAUCGGCGUCUCUCCCUGUGCUGCUGCACCACCACAUGGCACCACGAGAUUCACCUCCUCCAGAAAUAAGCUGCUCCUCAUCUCCUUUGAUGGUUUUCGAUGGGACUACGAUCGAGAUGUGGACACCCCGAACCUGGAUAAGAUGGCCCGGGAUGGGGUGAAGGCGGAAUACGUCACACCACCAUUCCUCACCAUCACAAGCCCUACACACUUCACCCUGCUGACAGGUACCCUGAUAUUAUGACUUGAGAAUAUUUGGUUAACAUUCGCUCUGAAAGAGUGGACAACACAAAAAUGAAAUUAGUGUGUUUAUAUUGAACCUUUCAGCAGAAAUAUUUGGGAGAGAAAAUCAGAGAUGAAGGAUAAAAUUGCAUGUUUUCACAUUGUCUUCAAGCAACUUUGACUCAAGAUGCAGGAAGACGAUAGAUAAUGGUGGGUGAUUACAGCUUUGAUAAGAACAAAGCAAAAAGCUGUCUUAUCUGUACUUAAUGCAAAGUGCAGUAGAUAUAGCUGUCUCACAGAGGCAGGUUUUUCUAUUUUUGUUUAACAAUACACAAAUUACAUCUAUACAGAAAAAAAGUUCACAAAAUUAAACAAGGAUACAAGGCCAGGGGCAUCAACAAAUACUUUUAAAUCCUGUGAGGUUUUUUUGGACUAUUUAUGGAAAAGACUGAAAUUCACAAGGCUGCAAAUGCUUUUGACGUACAAAAGCAAUCAAGACCAUCAAGAACAAGAACAAGACUUGUCAUUUUUACAGGGUUGAGUGUCAGCUAAGCACUUUUUUUUUUACAGUUUUCUCAUAAAAUAUUGACCAGAAAUGAUAUAUUUGACUGUUAAAACUUGGCUGAAUUAGGUUUUUUUUUAUUGUUGUUGUUGAAAGCCACUACUCAAGCAUGCAGAGGACAAGAUAAGCCAAUACUGCUGCGCCAACAUGGGGACACCAGAGUUGACAAACUGAAAGUUUCUCAUGGAAGCUUAUUAGCACACUUGAGAUCUGUGUCAAUUCAAAUUGGUGAUAAUAGAAAUGAUCAUAAUAGCAGGGCAGUUUCAUUAAUUUUACAUUGAUAAGGAGUGAAAAACAGACCUAACUGUUACCCACAAUCCCUCUAGAUCCCAAUGAAGCUGCAUUAAAAUGUGACAUCCACCUCGUCGCUUCAUCUCCUCAAUAGUGAUGUGUUGGUCACUUAUGAUUGGCUUUUCUAAAACAUUGUUAUAAACUUCAUUCAUCCAGAUUGUCUUUAUGAGUUUGACACUGAAUAAAGUCAGAUUUGAUCAUUUCUUAUAGUUUCUAUUCAUCCAUAAAGAAAUGCACUUCCUUGUUUGACACUGGGGAUAUCAUCUGUUUAUUUAAGCACCGAUGGACAUAAUGCAAGUAAAAGCAAGAUAUUAGGAUGCUGCAGCCUUAAAUCAUCGACCUGCUUUGGUUUUGGUGCCAGUGCCAAAAAAAAAAAAAAAUCACAAUGUCAGUGGAAACAUUCCUUUUUUUCAUCAGGGCGAUACAUCGAGAAUCAUGGAGUUAUCCACAACAUGUGGUUCAACACUACCACUCAGGAGAAGAAGCAGUACUACAUGACUCAGUUUGUUGACUCUUACUGGGACAAUGGCAGUUUACCAAUCUGGAUAACAGCACAAAGACAGGUUUGUGAGACCGACUUAUCUGUUUUUGCCUUUUAAGAUUUCCUUUUCUGUAACUCACUUAAAAAAAUCCAUUUAGAGAUUCUCUUUCAUCAUGUCCUUUUCUGUUCCUCUAGGGUCUGAAGGCAGGGUCUUUACAUUUUCCUGGUACAGCAGCCACAUACAAAAAUGAGACAGUGAAGGUUCGGCAAGUGGAACCUCGUUUCUAUGAUCAUUCUAAUGAGACAGAUUGGAGGCUGAACAUUGACAAGGUGAUUGGAGAGUGGUUCUAUGAACAAGACCUGGACUUUGUCUCCUUGUACUUCGGAGAACCAGAUUCAACCGGUCACAAAUAUGGACCAAAUUCCCCAGAGCGCCGGGAAAUGGUCAAGCAAGUUGACCGCACUGUGGGCUACAUCCGAGACAAGAUCCAAGAACAUGGUCUUACCAACAAGCUUAACAUCAUCAUCACUGCAGACCACGGUAUGACCACAGUACAAAGAGGUGGAACGGUUAAUGAAAUCAUCCUUUCCAAGAUCCCUGGCUUCAGCUUCAAAGAUAUUAAGUUUCACCUGGUGGAUUAUGGUCCAACGGGGAUGCUGCUUCCGAAAGAGGGGAAACUGGAGAAAGUCUACCAGGCUCUGAAAAAAGGCCAUCCUCACCUUCAUGUGUAUAAGAAAGAGGAGAUGCCAGAAAGACUUCACUAUGGCAACCAUCCUCGACUCCUGCCCAUCAUCCUCUACGCUGAUACUGGAUAUGUAAUCAAUGGGGUGAGAGAAGUUAUAGUUUUCAGUGUUUGAAUGAAUCCUAAAAGCUGAACCUGAGACCUUUGUGUAUUUACUUUCAUUUUAAAAAGGCUUUUGAAGCAUUGGGUCCACAAGGGUGUAGGUUGACAGGUAGUCAUGUCACAUGUUACUCCUGCUUGUUUGUAAUGAGAGCAGAAUACAUUGAAGUUUGGCAUUUUUUGAUAUUAUGAGAGCGUUUGUUCCAUUUAAACCAGCAAAUAGCAGUUUAUGCAAAUCAUUGAAAUUUUACAUUAAUUUAAAAAAUGAAGAGACGUGGCCCCAAAAUGGAACCCUGAGGUACCCCAUAUUUCCGGAUUUACUUCAGGAUUGAUAUCCAUAAAUAUUGUUGCCUUUCUUUAGGUACUAGCUUCUAAACUAGAUAAAGUUAAUGCCUAAUAUGACAUAAUGCUAGCUUGUAUGACAGAAUCUCAAAAUCAAAAGUUUCUGGUAGUUUUUUUUAGGUUGUACGGUCACACAAUGUAAAAGUCCCGCACACUUAUCAUUUUUUGCUUUUCAUCUUUUCAAACAGUUCUUACCGGUGCAGUUUAACAAAGGAGAGCACGGCUUUGACAAUCAAGAGAGAGACAUGAAGCCAUUCUUCAGGGCGGUGGGGCCUGAUUUCCAGAAAAACCUGUUGUUUGGAGACUUUGAGACAGUGAAUGUGUACCCACUAAUGUGCCACCUGUUAGGAAUAAAGCCUGAGAUCAAUGAUGGACACUUGGACAUUACCAAAGGCAUGCUGGACCUCAAAACAAACACAAACAACAACAACGGUAAGCAGUGUUGUGCUGAUGUAUUUCAUAUGCACGUCUACUAUUUUAUCUUACAUUUUCCCACAGUGUUGCAUUUUACCAAGAGUUGUGUGCUUUUAAUAUCAGAUCUAGCAAAAAAGAUUUUAAAAAAUGAGGAAAGAAAGUUGGUAAAGAGAAGUCUGGCCACAGGAUUCCAAAAAACACUUUCAAAAGCGACAUCCAAAUUAUACCAAGCUGGGUAAACAAGAGGAAGACUGGUGCCAGAUUUCAAAAAGAUCCAUGUUUGGUUCGAUUUGGCUCUGUGCUCUCUGGUUGGUCAACACCAAUUCAAUUCAAAUGAGCUUCAUCGGCAUAAAAGUCAGGGCAAUUCAGUCCAAGUGAGUCAACACCCGCCGGCUGUGUUUUCAAAGCAUGGAGCAGCACUACCUGGUGGCCUUGGUACAAGUAAAUGAACAGAUAAGAUUUUAUUGAUACCUAUGUCAUAAUAGAUUCAGCUUAUUGACUUUAAAAAAUAUAUAUAUAUAUAUAUAUAUAUAUAUAUAUAUAUAUAUAUAUAUAUAUAUAUAUAUAUAUAUUUUAUAACAAGUCCUGGAGAUUUUCUGUAAGGAAAAAGUAGAACUACAACUCAUGUUUCAUCAGGAGUCUCAUAAAACAGGGAGUGAGACUUCUAGGAAAUGGAAUCCUGGCCUCAAAUUUAACCUUGAUAGUUGAGCUGAUUACAAAUGCAGCCCCUGAUUGGAUGAAAAAAACAAAAACAAAAAUGACAGCCUCCCUUUAGCACUUUCAGCUAACAACAAACUAUGCACAUGAACAACCUGCACUCUUUUCAUUCUGUGUCCUGUGUAGAAACAUACAAAUAUUUUUUUUCAGUGAAAUGAAAAUGGGCAAUUUAUUCCCCAGCACCUCUUGCACUUUUACACUAGAGUAUUGAUAACAUCAAUAUACUGCAAAUAGAAUGUAUACUUUACAACAUAUGUUUCUCUCAGUGUUUCUUUUGUCUGCAGAAAAUGCAGCUAAACAGUCAUAAACUGAGACAGUCAUAAAACUCAGCAGAUACAGAUGAAUAUAAACUGAUAAGAAGGCCAUAUGAUGGACUUUUGAUCCAUCCUGAGUCAUCAUAAGUCUUAGACUGAGAUAGCAGGUAGACUAGUUACAUAUUAUGUGCAAUAAUAUAGAAGGUCAGACUUUUAAAGAAAGAUUCUCCAAUCUGAAUAAUGACCACCAGAAAUGGGCAUCAACAGAUAGAUUCAAAGACAUUUUCAUUAUAUGAUCCAACUUAUUAUGUUCUGUGAGCGCCCCUGGUUCUGUUAAUUAUUUCUGCUAGGCUUACUCACUGUUAAUAUCUGUACUGUUUUUUCUGCUCGUCUAGAGACAGAUUUCAAGUCCCAAGUAUUUGUGGCCAUGGCGGCUGUGACUGGUUUUCUGGUCCUGGUCUUCAUCAUGACUGUUUCCCGUACCUGGUUCAAAAGGAGCAGAGGAGAGAAGAGGUAAAAUGCUGCAGUCAUGAAAACAUAGUUCUCUUUGGUUACUCUCAUUCGUUUUAAAAUGUAGCAGUCAUUAUUUGUUAUCUCACUGGUUUCACCUCUCUGUUGACUUUCUCUUCUCUCAGCUACAAAGCCAAAUUUGCCGGUGAUGACGAGCAGAAAAACCCAUACGAAACCAGCUUGUAAAAACUACACCAUAUUUAUAUUUUUCACCAAUUUCCCCUGAAGCCAAAGGCCGUUUCUGUAUUUAAUAACAAAUGUGAAUUUAUUUGGGGUAUGGAUUCAAGAAUUAAUAGAUGUACUUAAAUAAAUUAAAAUUUCAUAUGAAUGUAAACUGUGUGUUUCUUUUUGCAGUUGUACAAAACAGUGUCUGGUUAGUUUGAUUUUUUUGGUAAGACAAAAUCACUGCUCAAGUUUUCCUCCUACACUUCACAUGUAGAGCAAGUUUAUCUGUUAACAAAUUCACUUAAAUACUUCAGCAAGAAAAAAAAGUACUCUCAAGAAGUUGUAUUCUUAAAAAGGACUGUGUCUGAGCUGGCACCCUGCUCUCUCGUUGUAGCUUGAAUGUUAAAGUUGCCCAUGGGCUGUCAACUGUGUGAUUGUCUUAGAAGUUGAGCCCAUCUCUCACCUGAUUGUCUCUGCCUUUAGUCUGUGUGGCCGCUAUGAAUCAGAAAGCUUUGAAAUCACCACAAUCGGUCAGAAUUGAGACUGGUUGUGUCUCAAUUCAGUGUGUGCUUACUGCCCAGUACACUGCCCAGGAUGCACCCUGCGUAAGAUCGAUUGACUUUUGUGAAUUGGGGCAGUGUACGCCCAGGAGGACUUCCUGGUUGCGUCACCAAAUGUACCUGCCCUCAGGUUCGUGUCACAUCUGAUGUCUCACCGGUGCAGUGGCUUGCAAAGAAUUCUUGAGUAUUCCAAGGCCAUGUAGUGUGCGUGGUUACACACUUGUAAAAGGGGCGGAUGCAGGGUGGUUUUGUGGCCACAUUUUGAGAGCCCUCAGAAUCGCAAGCUAAACAGGACACCCUUUUGUGAUGACGUCCCAUCACAGCAGGACACACUGCAAAUUCGCACUGCCUGGCGCUUUCAUAUUAGAUGUCGACACAAAAGGGUGGCUUCAGUUAAUUCGUAAACAACAAAGAUGGCAGACUCCGCUGCUAGGAGGACUGUCAAAUCUACUAUUAAAUGAACAGAUGAUGUGUUUCCAUGAAAACAAGACGUUGUAAUAGCAUGUACAUUUUUCUUUUAUGAAAAAAAGGUAUCUUUCUUUUUUUAUGCAUGCUGCUUUGUUGUCUCUAGAUUGUACAGAUGAUCUGGAGCAGAAAUUGGUUCAUUUUGCCCCAAUCAAAAAAGGAAAGCAAAGAGGAGGGAGACUGGAGGGGGCUGCUGUAUUAUAUUCAUGACAUAGGUAAUUAAAUUCAGUUCAAGUACUUAAACAGUUUGUCAUGAUCUGGCUCAGGUGGACACAAUGAAAAAGGGAGACAACACCAUGGCAAAAUAUUUCAAUAAGUCUUUACAAGUCUUUAUGGUAAACUUGUGAAGGUCAGGUCAGAGAGAACGUGGAAGUGAAUGUGUGACUGCAGGAGCUUAAAUAACCUCCUCACUCCAAGCACAGAUGUGUGACAUUAUUCUUAUCAAUGAGCUGCACUUACAGACAGGCUGGAGACACUCAGACUGACAACACCAAACAUCACACAAUGACGUCACAAACUGUAUUUACCCCUGAAGGGUACUGUGCUGCCUACCCAUAAAAACAACAAAACAAACGAGCACAUUUUUUGCGUUUAAUAACACAUUGUCUUGUCAAAAUCAUGACGUUUCACUUCCAUAAACUCUCAGUGCAGCUGCUGAUGGUUUUAUUUUGCCCACAGUUAUGAAAUGAUGGUACUUUGUUCUUGGUUCCCAGCUGUUACUCUGAACAUAACCCCGCUCCUAUCAGGUUAUGAGUUCAAAGUAAGUGACAGUGGUGAUCUAGCCAGGUUAGAAGAGAGCCGGCUUCAUGAAACAGAUAAACCAGGCUUUAGGCUCAACAGACCCAGCUCUGCUAAUCUCUAACCAUGCUUCAUGGUAAACUUUUCUGGCCUGCUGAGCUGCCAGGAGUUGCACAUGGUCACCUGUGUUUGCAGUACUUAGCUUUCAGUAUAUAAAAGUAAACAAGAUCGUCUGCAAGAAGACUGUCAAUUUUUACAUCACCAUUUUGAAUGCUGGAAACUGAUUUGAGAGGGUUGGUGGAGAAACAGCAGUAUAUGGUUUCCAUGUACAAUAUUUACAAUCAAUGAUUAGUAUGGCUUUCAAAAGUUAGCAGGAUGUGUUACAAAGGAAGUAAAGCCAGAAGGACACUUAAUUAUUUGAAAACAAAAUUGCCUUUCUAUGAGCUAGGGCCCCCGUGCCUUUUUCCAACUCUGCACAGCCCUGUUCUUCGUACAACUGAUUGGCAAUGGAUGAUUCUUUUAUCCAUCUUAAAGUAGUUCAUGCAAAUGGAUAAAAUAGCAUGACAUUGAAGCAGGUGAAGUUGAGGAUAUCAAGUAAUGUUAAAAGCAAUUUAAAAAAAAAGAUGCUAAAAGAAAAACUAUGCAUGAAGAAGUACAGUAUAGUUUUGGAAUAAUAUCUCUACUGUGUUAAUGUAAGCUCUCCUUUAUGUUUAAAAGCUCAAAGGGAACCGUCUUCAUUGAGGUUUAUCUGCACAUGUUACAAGUUCAGAGGGUUUGAAUUUUGCUCAGCAGUUGCCACCAGUACACCGGUUCUUGAGCACGUUCACUUACAGGCUCAUGCAAAAUACACAUCAGCACUGUAUAACCCUAAUAAAGAAAUAAAACUUGUCUCGUGUUAUGGCGGGGUAAGAUAAGGGGUAUCCAAUCGCCAAUUCAAACACUAAUGAAGGGUGUAUCCAGUAACCUUAUUCACUACUCCAAAGUGUAAUGUUUGCUAUAGUGUUGCCAUCGGCGUAGAGGAACAUUACGCUCUUCUCACAUUCAUGGUUUUUAGGGCUGGUUAGAGGUCAAAAAAGAGACAAGAUCUGUGGUUUUCUUGCUACACCUUGGAUUGAAUCCCCAGUCAUGCUGCUGCUCUGUCUAUGCGUCCUCGCUCUUGUGGGCAGUUUCCCUUGUGCUGCCGCUCCAUCAAGGGUCUCAACUUUCUCUGAGACCACCAGAAACAAACUGCUGCUCAUCUCCUUUGAUGGUUUCCGAUGGGACUACGACAGAGACAUCGACACCCCUAAUCUGGAUAAGAUGGCCCAGGAUGGAGUGAAGGCAGCACAUGUAACUCCACCUUUUCUCACGAUUACAAGCCCCUCUCACUUCACAAUGCUGACAGGUAAAAAAAAAAAACUCUUUAUUUUGGCAGUUCUCAUACAUAUGGUAGUCAUCUGCAUAGAAGCAAAUACUUACAUUCUGUAUAUGUUAUGAAAAACUUAAAUAGUAGAAAAGUGGUAGACACGAAGGCUUGGGUAAACCCUUGAUUCACACCCACCUCCUGCUGUUAAGGAAGACGGUGAUGGUUUGGGAGUAACCCAGCAGGUGGUACGAUAUUGUUUUGUCCUUAUUAUCAUAUUUUUCUGAUUGUAGGGGCCAUAACAGGAAUCAAAUCUGAAGCUCUACCACAAACAUGAAAAUGUAGUGAGGUUAUACUAGUACCUCACAUAUGCUAACAUACGUAAACAGCCAGCCAAACUCUUUUCCUCCAGAAAGUUAGCAUGCAUGCUUCUUCAUUGACUUUAUUCACAGUAGAUGAGUCAGGAUGAAAACACUGAACGGGAGUGAGGCUAGCAAAGGAACAGAAAAAUACUGUGCUUAUUAAACAGCCCAACAUCAACAUUACAGACUCAUUAAAGAAAUGUAAAACUGUUAGUUUCCAGAUAUCUGUGUAGGUUCUCAUUCGUCCAGGCCAUGGUAAUACAAGUUUUCGUUGAAAAGGCAACUGGAUUUGUUUGAGGUUCUUAAAGACAUUCAAGACAUUCGCCUCUCUUCCAAAAGGCUUCUUCAAUUCUCUCUGUUAGUUUCAAGAGAAAAGUCAUGACAGGGAUGAGGGCCGCAAUCAUGACUUUGGUUUUAAUCAGUUUAAGCUGAAGUGGGCAAAGAAACCAAGCAGGAAAAUGUCUCUCUCCUUGAACAUCAAAGAGCAGUGCCAGGGUUAUUGUUACUGACUGAAUCUUAUCUAACCUGCUGUCCCUCACUUUAAACAGGUCGCCAUGUUGAAAAUCAUGGUGUAAUCCACAACAUUUGGUUCAACACUACAACUCAGGAGAAGAAGCAGUACUACCAGACUCAGUUUGUUGACUCCUACUGGGACAACGGCAGCUUACCCAUCUGGAUAACUGCGCAAAAUCAGGUUCUUUAUUUCCAUCUAUCUGUUUUCCACCAAGAUUUUCAAAAAUUUCAUAUUAUAAUAAACUUGUAAUGGUGUAAGAGGAAAGAUUUUCUUUACUAUUCAUAAAUCUGUCUGUUAUAUUGUUUCAGGGUCUGAAGGCAGGCUCUCUACAUUUUCCAGGCACAGCAGCCGAGUACAGAGCAGACAUUGUGAGGGUUCAGCAGGUGGAGCCUCCUUUCUAUAAUCACGCCAAUGAGACAGAUUGGAGGCUGAACGUUGACAAAGUGAUUGGAGAGUGGUUCCACAAACAAGACCUGGACUUUGUCACUUUAUACUUUGGGGAACCGGAUUUGGCAGGGCAUGAGUUUGGACCCGAUUCCCCAGAAGUUAGAGAAAUGGUCAAGCAAGUUGACCGCACAGUAGGCUACAUACGGGACAAGAUCCAAGAACAUGGUCUGACUGACAAGCUCAACAUCAUCAUCACUGCAGAUCACGGGAUGGCUAAGAUCUUUCCGGGUGGAACAGUCGAGAAGAUCAUCCUCUCUAAGAUCCCUGGGUUUAGCUUUAGAGAUAUCCAGUUUCAACUACUGGAUUAUGGUCCUGUCGGGAUGCUGCUUCCAAAAGAGGGAAAACUGGAGACAGUCUACCAGGCUCUGAAAGGGGGCCAUCCUCACCUUCAUGUGUAUAAGAGAGAGGAGAUGCCACAGAGACUGCACUACAGCAACCACCCUCGCAUCCUGCCUCUCAUCCUCAUUGCUGAUCCUGGAUACGUUGUCAAUGGGGUGAGUAGUCAGCUUUUUUCUUUUACCUAGUCCCCGAUUUUAGCGUGUCAUGAAUGAGGAGAAAAAAACAGUUGUGUGUAGAUGAUAACAACAGUUUUUAUGGUAUCCGGGUAGAUACAAAGCACAAAUGAGAAUGUUGAGCCCUAACAUGAAUAUUUCUUUGCCAGUUUUAGAUAACUAGGAAAUAUUAUUGUGGGUGUUUGGCUGUUUUGGUUUGGCUUACUACUGCUUGUGUGGGGUCACCACUCUCUGUCACUGUAUAUUACUGAAACAUUUGUCAUCUACUGUAGAAACACUGCUGGCUAAACUAGAACCUGUGCGGUGAAGUUUGAUGCUUAAGUUCUUUCACUUUGGUGUUGCUUGUCUCUUAUCUUUUCAAUCCAAAUGAAAGACAUCAAAAUUAUGAUAUCUGAUUUACUGUAUAACCAUGUUUUAGCGGCGCCUUUUAUUUCUUUGUUCUCACAGUUCUUACCAUUGAACUCCAACAAAGGAGAGCACGGCUUUGAUAAUGAAGUCAUGGACAUGAAAUCGAUCUUCAGGGCAGUGGGACCAGACUUCCACAAAAACAAGAUGGUGGGACCUUUUGACAUGGUGGAUGUGUACCCACUGAUGUGCCAUCUACUGAGGAUAAACCCAGAAAUCCAUGACGGGCAUUUGAAGAAUACCGAACACAUGCUGCUUCCCAGAAAAAACACAGGGCCAGACAGUAAGUGUAGCCAAUGAUUAUAUACAAAUCCAUAAAUUAAUUUACACUGAAAGUGAUGGACAGAAACAGCUGGCAGGUGUUGUUACACAGUAUCUGGUUGAGGAGAUGGUACUAUUUUUCAGGGUGGAGGAACUGGCAUUCAAGUCAGAGCUUCAAAAAACAGACAAGGGUUAUGAGGUUGCUGGGAAAUCUUCUUCAAAAUAAUGGAAGUUAAUGUUAAAACCUGUUGAAAGUCCAACAGUCUAUCCUGCUCCAGCUGUAAUGGUGGAGGUCACCAUAUUCCUAGACCAGUACAAGAUUUAAUCCAGACAAGCUUUACACCUACCAAAGCCAGAUGCUCUUGCUCAAGCUGUCUUUGAGCCAUCUUAGCACUUAAGAGCAGGGUUUGAAUGCUUCUUCUUUCUCAGGUGAGCAACUUGAAGCAAAAACUGGUUCUUUCCACCCUAAAACUGACCUUUAGAGGCAUUUUAUCGACUCUGGUCCUUUACAAUCAACACAAACUCUGUAUAUACCAUAUUCUGCGACAAUGCUGUAUCCCACAUUAAAGGCAAGCAACUUGACAAUGAAGAAGCACUGAAGAAAACUAAAAUCUGGGAAAACUGUUAAAUGGACCUUUGUAAUGAUUGAGCAUACUGGGAUACUGAGCCACCCUUAAAUCACUGCAGGGGGAGUUUCCUUCCUGCAACAACUGUGUAUGUGUGUGUGUGUGUGUGUGUGUGUGCUGGUAUAGGGUUGACAAGGAAAUGUUUUAAAAGUCAAUAAUAAUGUAAGGGUAUUCAGGAGGAAGUCACUCAAACGAACAUGGAAUUUUAAAUAAUCAUUCAAGGAAAGUAUUUGGCCUUUUUCUAAUAACCAGUCCAGCAAAAUAACAGUUGGAGCACGAAUCAUGAAAACAGCUGUAACAUUUCAAGCUGCAGCCCUGUUCAGUGAUUGUAAAGACAACGGCACUCUGAACCAGUCUGCCUUUAGGUGAACUCUGAGACUCACAUGGGAAUCAUUUAUGACCCUUCUGACUUAACACAGACUGUUUUACAUUAUCCAACAGCUGUAAAGUCAUAUCUUAUCAGCGUGGAAAGUGAUUGCUUUUUUAAAAUUUCUGCACUUUGAAAUUUCAAGCUAUAGUUUGGUUUCAGGGUUUCAUUUUUUCCCUCAUGUGUUUGUUUGCAUGUCUUCUUUUUUUCUGCAGCUCCAAAGAAUUAUUCAAAGGAAGUGAUGAUCGGCUUGUCAGCAGUGGUUGGAUUUCUUGCACUAGUGUUCAUUGUUACCAUGACCCACACCAUGUGCAAAAGGAGAAGAAGAAACCAGAAGACCAGUGUGGUGAAUAUGGAAAAAUUGUGA